CUCCCAUACGUCCUACAUGCAAUGAAAGUAGAAAAUAACCGCAAUGAUCAUCCCCGUCGAAGGAAAUCAUAAGUCUGAAAAGAGCACACUAAGCAUGCCGAGUGGUGGCAUGUCAUUGGCGUCAGCUACUUGGAUACACCCAGACAUGCUGCACUUAGAUGACAACGUCUCCGCCAACAAAACAUCACUGGUGUGACUGAGUUGUUAGCAAGGUCUGGAGUCCGGAGUGGCGAGAGAGGAUCGCGCGUGCGGUUGGAUCAUCGGAUGCUGUUGUAUUGGUAUAUAUUGAUGCUCUGCGUCUUUAGCAGACCAAAAGCACUUCUGUGGUUUGUGGACGCUCCGGUGUUCAUGUUGGUCUUCAGGUGUCUUCCAGUUUCAAUUAAUUGAUCCCUGGUUUGAUCUGCAACAUCUAAAAUAUCCUGCGCGAGUUACCAUGACAAGUACGAUGGGAAGCUGCAAGGGAUUCGAAUGUUCCAGACACAUUCGGCAAUCAUCAAUCAACACUGAAACUGCGGUUUACUUGGGGAGUAUGGUUCACAAGAAGCCAAAGCAAAAUGCCCGUGUCGUAAGCCAGUCAAGUGAGCAACUUCUUAACGGACUGAAGUGCAUUAGUUUGGACAGUCAGGAUAACUGUGACGUAACCGAUCAUCUUCAGCUUAAGGAUCGGGAUGAGGCGUAUGCGCAAUAUCCGACCGGCAGUGCAACUGACAUAACAGAUCACCAACGACUAAAGAAUCAGGAUGAGGCAUACGCGCAUUGUCCGACGCGCAGUACCAUUGUCUGUAUCGAUAAACCCCCGAAUGAAUCAGAUUUUCCCUUACAAAAUGGGCAUUCCGGAAAUAUUCUUGAAGCAACUUUACCAAAGAGGGUUGCGAAUGGAUAUAAUGACGACGAAAGGGAUUUCAUUAACGGUGAUGUCGAUAGAGAUUGUUUUCUGCCCGGAUCUCAUCAUGACGACCAAACCCACCUCCCCAAAGGAGUAGAUAAACAAUUUUGCAGACGAUCACUGAAUGAUAGUACCGAUUCUUUCGAUAGUGGCAGAGGGGAGGAGGAAUGUAUCGGAGAAGAUGAACACGAUGGCUUGCUCUGUGACUUGCUGGUACACACUAAACACUUCGUUCGAUCAUUCUUUGGAAAAAGUUUCUUCAGGUUUAACAGAGAGGAUUCGAGCGAGAACGGGGACGAUGAUGAGAGGAUAGAUGAGAUACACAACGUCUUGAUACCAAGCCCAUUUCAGAAUGGAUACGAGUUCCUUGGCAUUCUUAUCAAACAGGAGGACAUGGGUUGGAGAGUCACUCGCGUCCUGAGCAACUCACUCGCAUGCAAAGCUCAUCUCAAAGAAUCUGAUAUUCUAAGUCACUUAGAUGACGAAGACCUGACUAAUCGAGAAUUGGAGGACAUCCGGGGAAUGUUUCGGAGAGUCCAGGAGUCAUUCAAAUUGACGAUCUGGCGAGAAAUACAUGAGGGAGAAACUACUUGUCGGACUCAACUUACUAUCAGUAUCUCGAUUGCUGAAACUGUUAAUCGAUCGUUUGAGAUCGAGGUAUCGGUUAGACGUCCCCGUUUUAGAGCCCGCCCACGGUCGACCCAGUGCCGUUUCGUCACGCAAGACCCGGAUGGCGGACAUCAAAUCUAUAUGCACUACGAGGAUGACGGAUCCCUCUCCAUGCGAGAACUCGUCGAAGAAGAUCCCGGAAGUGUUGAUAGAGCUUCUUUCUAUUUCGAUUUAUACCAGAGUAACAUCCCCCUACCUGUUGAAGGACAGUUGUGCACGAUACGACAUCGCACGAAUGGUCAUGAAGACAGAUUCUUCAACUGUCAGACCGGAUUGAUGGAAUUGUUGCCUCGAGGACAGACAAGAGCACGAGACAUGCAAAUAUACUUUAUUUAUCGAAUGCCUCUCCCUAUUCACGAUAAGGCUUUCAAAUUCAAAGUGUUUCGACGCAAUGGCGACCAAGAUGAAUACCUGAAGAAGGUCGAUGGCAAGAUCCGACGAUGCGCUAUGAAUGAAAUUCAAUCUGAUGCGAUCUUUAGAAUAUACAGUGUUCGGUAGAAUCAAUUCAAGCAUGGCGGAUUGUAGGGGGUGCCCCCCACCCCAUGCCCCAGCCACUGGCUUACCUAGGAUUUUCCAGAAGGGUGGCAAAAUUUUUGAAGGAUAUUUCGCAAAAAAAAUUGACAAGCAAAAAAAAAAGGUCUUCGACCACAAACUAAGGAUUUCUUACCACAAAAAAAAUUGACAAGUAAAAAAAAGGUCAUCAAAAGCGGGGGCACACGUUUGAUUUCAUGGCAUUUUUACAUUAUAUCAGUUGUGACUCGUCGGGGGGGGGGCAGGGAUGCGUCCUCUGCAUGAGUUGUGUUUCUUUGUUUUUGAUGAUGAUCCUUAUAUGUCAGGAUUUUAUAUCAAUAAACUUUUGAAUUUGAGUUGUGACUCGUAAAUGGGGGCAAUUUGCCCCCCCCCCCUUUACGUACGCUAGUGGCUCUAGCUGAUUCAGAUUCCGCAGAAUUCAUUGAUAUGUCUCAAUUAAAUUCGUCAAUCGUACAAAUUCGUGAUAACAUAUCAUCGAGUGUCUUAUAGUAUUGGUUACCAGUCCGGUUUCAAAUCCAAUUUAAGAUUUUGUUACUAGCAUAUCAAUGUUUCUACAGACUAAGACUAUAGUUAAUUUAUACCUUAAUGUUAUCUACUUCAUCGUCGUUCACACGAUAUGAAUUUCUUAAUUGUUCUUCCGAUCUCAACAAACCUAUGGUGCACUUUCAUCUGCUCAAAUUCAUUCUCUCCCCGUAAAAAAACGGUCAAUCGAUAUGAAAUUAAUCAUCAAUUAGGUUGAAUGAAAUAUGCAUAUUUUCUAAUUAUUCAUUCAUGUCAAUAUAAACGGUCCUUUAGUUCGGUGGAAUUUUCUAACUGCAUUCUCUUCCAGAUUUUGCCUGAGCCAUUUACAUGGUUUUCGUGGGGGGGGGGGUAUUUUUUCAGUUAUAAUUACAUUUCCGCAAAUGUUCUUCACACUAUAUUUACAUUUUGUAUCCUUUUGUAUUAUAGUUCUGACUAACAGAACAUUGACAGAUGCGAAUGAUGUUUGAAUAAUUGAUUCACCUAUUAGGGGCAGUUCUGUUGACUGCCAUAUGUUAAUGGUAUCGUAAUUUUAAAUUCAUUCGAUAUUAUGCCUUUUUAUGGAGAUAUAGACAUAUUGAGUUAUGUUAUCGGGGGGCGUUUUGUGCUGUUGUUUUUUUUUAGCGAGAUACAACAUUCAUGACAUUAUUACACAUAGCGUGGUAACAGUGCUGAGCAGCAAAGCACAGUAAAGGUUUCCAUCACCGGGGCACGGAUGGGGGCCAUGGGUCCCCCAAAAUUUUCACAACUAAGAAAAACAAAUAGGGGAGAAAGGAAAGAAAACUAGUGAAAUGUGAUAUUUCAUGUAUUUUCUCAAUAUGUCAAAACCUAUCACUUUUUUUUUUUGGGGGGGGCUCAUACGACAAUGGCUUCCAGGGUAGUUACAAAAAUGGCAAAGUUAUAUCAAAAGGAGCAUAAUGUGGGCAGAUUUCCUAUUGAACAAUAUGCCUCGACAAACGAAAGAAUGUUAUUUAUCCGAGAAAAAGACGAUGCGAUACACAUUUUCUCCUUAAAGGGGAAGUUC